CGUGGGGUGGGGUGAAGCAAGAUGGCGGCCAGAAGCCAGAAGGAUGCAGCAUGAUUACAUUCUAGUCCCAUUCAUGAUUUUCAUCCCAAUUUGAGGCAAAUCAAUGCAGUGAUCCUGUGAGGCAAGGGUUUCUAUAUUCAGCUGCAGUUACACAUAAACCCAGAGGACUAGCUAUGGCUCUCACAGUAUUUGAUAACGAUGAAUACAGGCCCCCAGUAUGGAAAUCUUACUUGUAUCAAUUGCAACAAGAAGCUCCCCAUCCCCGAAGAAUUACCUGCACACGUGAGGUGGAAAACAGACCAAAGUAUUAUGGAAGAGAGUUUCACGGGAUGAUAUCACGAGAAGAGACGGAUCAGCUACUAAGUGUGGCAGAGGGAAGUUAUUUAAUUCGUGAAAGUCAGCGGCAACCUGGAACAUAUACAUUGGCUUUAAGAUUUGGAAACCAGACCAGAAAUUUCAGGCUAUACCAUGAUGGCAAGCACUUUGUCGGAGAGAAGAGAUUCGAAUCCAUUCAUGACCUGGUGACUGACGGCCUGAUCACUCUCUACAUUGAGACAAAAGCAGCCGAGUACAUUGCCAAAAUGACAAUAAACCCAAUUUACGAACACAUAGGAUACACCACUUUAAACAGGGAGCCAGCUCACAAAAAACAAAUGCCAGCCCUAAAAGAGACCCACGAGAAGGACUCCACGGGAGAGGACAGCGUAGCAGAAAAAAGGUUGACAUCACUCGUAAGACGAGCAACGUUAAAGGAGAACGAACAGGCUCCCAAGUAUGAAAAAGUUCAUAAUUUUAAGGUACACACAUUCAGGGGUCCUCAUUGGUGUGAAUACUGUGCAAACUUUAUGUGGGGACUGAUCGCUCAGGGUGUGAAGUGUGCAGAUUGUGGAUUGAACGUACACAAGCAAUGUUCCAAGAUGGUUCCUAACGAUUGUAAGCCAGACUUAAAACACGUCAAGAAAGUCUACAGUUGUGACCUUACCACGCUAGUAAAAGCACACAACUCUAAACGGCCAAUGGUAGUCGACAUGUGCAUACGGGAAAUCGAAUCUAGAGGUCUUCAGACAGAAGGAUUGUACAGAAUAUCAGGUUUUACUGACCACAUUGAAGAUGCCAAAAUGUCCUUUGAUAGAGAUGGAGAAAAGGCUGAUAUUUCAGUGAAUGUAUAUGAAGACAUCAACAUUAUAACCGGUGCACUGAAACUGUACUUCAGAGAACUCCCAAUCCCACUUAUCACCUAUGAUGCUUAUCCCAAAUUUCUAGAUUCUGCAAAGGCUGUGGACCCUGAUACACAGUUAGAGACCCUGCAUGAAGCCUUAAAGCUGCUUCCCCCUGCACACUGUGAAACGCUACGAUAUCUCAUGGGCCAUUUAAAAAGAGUCACUCUUCAUGAGAAGGAUAACUUAAUGAAUGCAGAAAACCUUGGCAUAGUGUUUGGACCAACUCUCAUGCGGGCACCAGAACAAGACGCCAUGGCGGCAUUAAACGACAUCCGUUAUCAGAGACUGGUAGUGGAAAUGCUUAUCAAAAAUGAGGACAUUUUGUUUUGAAGGAGAAUGAAAAGGUCAACUGCAUUUCCCAUAUGAAGGAUCUUUCACACACAAAAAAAAGCGAAGUUUUUAGCAGCCUCUUUAAUUCCUUAGUGCUUUUUGUGUACAAAGAACAGAAAAAAAAGAAAUGAAGGAAUUUAAUACAGUUUCAACUGUGGCCAUCGUCUGCUAUUGUAAAAGCAGUAAGACUUGCUAAUCUGUACAGUUACUGCUUAGUGUUUACAGUGUGACAAAAAGUCAAUUAUUGCAUGAGUGUCCCCGUUUUUGUCGGGGGUAUCCUGAAAAAUAUAAUCUAUUGAAGCCUUUUCCUUUUUCAACGGGUCGUGAUUGUAAAUUAGCAUGUUUUUCCCUGGUGUAAGAAUAUUGUGAUUUGGAUUUUAUGUUCAACAUAAUUGGAUUAUGUUAAUGAGCUGAGCUCGUGAAACAGUUGCUCUGCUUAAUGCCUUUUAUAUCUCACUUUCUUCUCAUUUAUUUGUAUUUUUUUUCUUGCACUGUUUUCAUAUUAUUUGCUAAAUUUGUUUGAUACAAAUUCCAUGCAUUUUUGUUUUAAUGUUUUACCGAUGUAUUUUUGUAAGGUGGUUGCAGUUAAAUCUGCAGCAUUGAGUUUUUUUUUUAUUGUAAUGUAAUGUUUGAUUUGGCAUGCACAAAUUAAUUUAUUAAAUCUAGGUUUUAGAAAACUU